GAUUGUCAUUAAAUAUUUUAAGAAUUUUCGGUUUAUUCAUAGAUAAAUUAUUUUAUCAUACUUAUAAAUUCCAGUUAAAUAUGUCGGAUCAAAAAAACUUUCAAGUAAGAACUGCAUUGCCUGAUGCAAGGUAUAGAUAUCAAAAUUGUACAAGAUGGUGUUAUAUAACGUUUCUGGAUUUCCAUAGAUGUACAAGACUUCUAGGAGAAGGAAACCCUGCUUGUGAGGAGUUUGCAAAAAUCUACAAGUCCAUAUGUCCAAACAGUUGGGUCUCAAAAUGGGAGGACCAAAUGGCCGACGGAACGUUCCCUGUGGACCUCCCGGAAAAGGAAGAGGAUUGUAAUAAAUAACGUUUUUGAACUAAUUAA